UGUUCUUUGGUCGUGUGUGAGGAUGUGGCAGCAGCAGAGCUUUUAUUUGAUUAUGUCGGGGAUCAUCACAGGGUCUCUCUCGGUCUCUUGGGACAUGGCGGUGUCUCCGGUGGUCUUUGUCCCCAGAGGAGAAGACGUGGUCCUCCCCUGCUCCUUCACUCAUCCCCGACAGCAGUACUACUCCGGGAAGAUCACCGUGAAAUGGCUCGCGAGAGAAUCAAGAGCCCUCCCGUUCUUCACCUGCUCAGUUACAAACAACUCCAUGGAGGGAAAACACGGCUGUGCAGAGUCUGAGUUAAAAUAUUCUACGUACGGUGACCUUCGUCGGGGGGAGCUGUCCCUCCUCAUCAGAAGGGUCCAACUGAGUGAUAACUGCACAUUCUUCUGCAGGGUGGAGCUGGAGGGUUUGCUGAAAUAUUUCCAGAAAGAGACGCAGCUUUAUGUAACAGUUCAACCCCAGAUCCUGAACAUGUCCGUGGUGGAACCGGGUUCAGACGGCGCCCCCCGGAGGCUGCAGUGUGAGGUGGAGGGCCAACCGCUGCCCAACGUUACCUGGCUGUCGGCCUCCGGGACCCCGAUACAGGACCUGGAGGUGAAGAACCAGCAGAGAGGCCCUGCCCGGCUGCUCAGCUCGGUGCCGUACCUGCAGGAGGUGCUGAGCUGCAGGGCGGAGAGCCGGCUGGGGGCCGCAGAGCGGAGACAUCCAGCCGCACACAGUACAACUCUCAUCAUAUCUGUGAGUGUGAGCGGCCUCAUCGUGCUGCUGCUGCUGCUGGUAACCGGAUGCAUCGCUUACAGGAGGAACAGAGUUCGAGCCGCCGCAUCCCCAAUUUAUGCAAACGCUGAAACAGUGGAGAAUCACCGCCUGCAGGACUCGGACCGUCCUGUAGGGGGCAGCGUCGAGCUCCAGCUGGUUUACUCUACUCUGAACGACGCCUCUUCAUCUCAACAUGCCGGUGUGAAAAAGCCCAUCUCCCAGCAGGAGGAACCCGUUGUCCUCUACUCUCCUGUGAACAUGAACAGUGACUAAGAAAUAUCAAGAACUCUGGGAGAUAUCAUCAAGGGG